UUGGUGAGAAACGCAGAAAGGCGAGAACCAUGGCGGCGGUACUAUUGGCGAAAUUGUGCUUUCGCUGUGUCGUGCGCUUUUCCGACCGAGAGUACAUGCGCUGAGGGAAGAAAACCGUCGGGAUUGAAUAGGAAGAAAAAAUGAACCACUGCAGUGAAUCUAGCAAUGAUACGGAUGAAGGCGAUGAUCAGGAGGCGUCUUCUUUGCAAGAAGGAACAAACAUUGAAGAUACCUUAACAUCUUUCAGGGAACAAUGGCAACGUGAGUUAACGAUAUCACCUAAGCGUGAUACAUCAAAGACAUAUUCACCAAAUCAGCCUAACAUUGAGAUCGCAAAUGAUGAAGCUUCUAUCGAAAGCAAGGCAAAGAAUUUAUUUCUUAAAGGUAUUGAACAUGAACAAAGCAGAAAGUUUUAUGAGGCAAUUCAGUUUUAUAAGCGUGCGGUACAAUUAGUUCCUGAUAUUGAAGUGCGUUUGUAUGAAUCAACAAAAGCAAAAGCAAGAGACAGAUUCGAUGCUGAUGAUUGUUGUGAUACACUACUAGACAAUGAUUUUUCAAGUACCAACGACAGCGAAAAUCAUAAUGAAGUUGAUGAAGAAGAAACUGAUUUAUUUUUGAAAUUGUCUAAAAUUGUAAAUCGCAAUCAAUGUGUAUGUUUCCCAAAAUUCGAACAAAGUACAACACAUAUCUCUGCAUUACCUAUGGAGAUAGUGCUUUACAUUCUGAGAUGGGUUGUGUCUUCUGAAUUAGAUUUUCGAUCAUUAGAAAUGUUUUCAAGAGUAUGUCGCGGAUUUUACAUAUCUGCACGAGACACGGAGAUUUGGCGACUUGCGUGCGUUAGGGUAUGGGGUGUAAACUGUGGUACUUGCGAACCGAAAUACAAAUCAUGGAGGGAUAUGUACUUGCAACGGCCUAGAUUAAGAUACAACGGAUGUUACAUAAAUAAAACAAGUUACAUACGCGAUGGAGAAAAUAAUUUCCAAGACCGUUUUUACAGACCAUGGCAUCUCGUUGAAUAUUUCCGGUACCUGAGAUUUUUUCCCGAAGGAAGAGUUUUAAUGUUGACUUCGACUGAGGAAGCUCAAAUCUGUGUAAAUUCCUUACGAAAUCGCAUACCACGCAACCCAUCAGUUCUAAUUGGUCAUUUUCGAUUACAUGAUAAUUAUGUGACACUUGUAUUGAAAAGACAAGAAACUAAAGGAAUCAAUUUCUACAGAAGGAAAAAAAGAGAACCGGUGCAUGAUAGUGGUGAACAAACGUUUCAUAUUGAAUUUGAAAUACAGAAUCACCAUAGAAGAGUAAACUCGCAAUUGAAAUGGAUCAGCUACAGUAUUUUCACAAAAUAUAAAAAUGGACAGGAAGCGAAGAUUUGUCUAAAAGAACCAUCUGUAAGAGAAUUCAGGGCGUCGCCGAUUGGUGGUAGAUAUCCACCUCUUAAAUUCAGCAGGGUAAAGAGUUACACUCAGGAGAGCGAAGUCCCAUUAUAGUAAUGAACUGACAACAAACAAAUCAUAUGAAUCAUGAGAGUACAAUUAUCGAAUUAUUCUUACAGAAGAAAAAUAGUGAAUGUAGUGAAUUCUCAGUAUGUUAUAAAACCGAAAACAAAGAUGAAUAUGUAAUUAUAAUUAAGUGUACUUUUCUUUGAAUUAUAUUAAGUACGUAUACAUAUUUUUCAAGAUAUUUUAUUUAUCUUGUAUCACGCAUUGUAUUCUAUUAUAACAGUUUCCUAUUGUACAUUAUACAACCUGCAAAUCACAACUAUUCUUAAAGAAUUAAUACGACGAUAACACUUCCAAUCAUAAAAGUGUAUAACUUAUUUAUAUAGAUCUAAUAUAAUUAUUUAAGCACUAGAUUAUAGUGCCUUACAUCGCAAUGAGUUGCAUACUUCAGAACUUAACAAAGUAUGUACUGAAGAAUGUAAUUACAUAGUUUUGUUUAUCAAUUAAUUAUUGCUCAGCUAUACUUAAGUUUAAAAAGUAUGUUAAUUGAAUAAAAUUUAUGUAAAUUUUUUAAAUUGUGUAUAUAAUUUUGUAUAAUUAUAUGUAAUAAAAAAUAGCAAGCACUGAAA